AUGCGGGACAAAACUCUCGACUUCGACCUCACCCCCGAGUCUGCACCUACCCCAGAUUCCGUCGCCAAUGAGCUGGAUGCCCUGCACUUGACGAUUAACAUGGAAGGACUAGAAGGACAGAGCGAGGCAAGAGCACAGUAUCCUCAAGAAGAGCAAGACUGGGACAAUGUGAAAGACGUGAUCACCCGCUUGUACCAGGAUGAGGGCCUGACGCUGGUCGAACUGCAGCGCAACUUGCUCAAGCAUCACAACUUCAAAGCGACUACUAAACAAUGGAAGUCGAGGAUUACCCGCUGGGGCCUCAGCAAGAACAACAGACAGCACGAGGCCGAGGCGAUCUUACUGAAGAGGCAGGCACGGAAAGCGCAGGGGAAAGAAACAAAGUUUUCCGUGCGCGGCCGCAACGUCGACAUUGCACGCGUUCAAAGAUACGCUAAACGCAAGAGGCUGGAUCUGAGUCGCAUUGACGAAGCUUCGUCGCCCAUCGUCAGGGCCAUGCAAACCAUCCGUUGGCAGACACCGUCACCUCAGCCGGGCCUCCUGAACGAUGCGUCCAGGCACCCGAUGCGGCUGUUCGACAGCAUCGCGGCAUUUGUGGACGGUACGCUGGGGGAAGCCCACCCUUUGGCAGCAGAGAUCUGGAGAAACACCCCUUUCAACGCCGACAAAGCACGAGCACCGUUCAUGUCAUCGAUUCACAGUGCGCAGCAUUUUCAGGACUUGGAGCGUUACGACCUUGCUUUCUUGUUCUGGCGCCGCGCUUUCCGAGCACUUGAAGGCGUGAUCCAGACCUGGAACCGAGCCACGAUCACGUACCUGUUGCGCCGCAUGCGCGUUUUGGAAUGGAAAGGCAAUGCUGACGUUCUGAGAAGUUUCCGUGCCUACAUCAAUCAGUACGCCGCGGUGGCGUUUUCCAAACAGGAUCCCCGCUUCACGCUGACCAAGGCGCUGGCAGAAUCCGACACAACUUCUCUGAACGUUUCCAAUUGCGUCCUUGAUCAGCUUGUGGUUCAAGGCGGUGAGUGGCAGGACCUAGCAUUCGAAGAGCGUACUUUCGUCGACGCCUUGGAACUCGAGCACGACGCCAAUCUUCCGGUGGAUGAAUUCGUCGCCGGGAUCGAAGAGGCAGACCGCCGAUUCGGCUACCACGAUAGCCGGACAUGCAGAUGCGUGCUCGACCGGACGCGGGUUCUUUCGAAGCGUGGCUACCACAAUCGAGCCGAGAGGUUCGCCUACGGAAUGCUCCAGCGUGCCAACGGGCUCGCAGAUCUGGGUGCCCGACACUGCUACCGCUUCUACGGCUUCUUUUGGAUGGCCAUAUCACAGUACGAACUGGGAAAGUUCGACGUGGCAGAGUUCAAUGCCCUCGAAGCCUUGCGGAGCAAUGAGGAGUUUGCAAAGGUCAACAAAACGCGAGCUUCGGCGAGCGAGUAUUUCUGGGAGCUGCUCGAGCUGUUGCAGAAGCUCGCAGAACAGGACGGUAAUAAACGGAAGGAAGCUAUCUGGAAAGGCAGGCUACAAGAGGUCGAGGACGAGGUGGUCGCUGAGGACAAGCAAGCGAAUCCGGACUUCUACCGCAAGCGGCAACGGUGA